GCCGAAUUGCCUGCCAUGGGAAGACUACACUUCCCAGCGAUCCCAGGGAAAAGCGAAAACCCUUUGGCUUUGACAGCCGCCGCCACAAGUCUUUCCGCCUCCCCAGCCCGCCCGGGAGCUGCGAGCCGUGAGCUGGAUUAUGGUGGCCUGAGCAGCCAACGCAGCCGCAGGAGCCCGGAGUCCCUGCCCCUGUCCGCGCCGCCGCCCGCCGGGGGGACCCGGCAAGCCGCCGCCGGCCCGCCAUGCCCGCCCCUCCCAGCCCCGCCGGGAGCCCGCGCCCGCUGCCGAGGCUGGCGGCUGCCGUGCCGAUGUAGUGGGCUCCGGAUCCCAGCCUCUCCCCUUCUCCCGUGCUCUGCGGAUCUCUCCUACCCGCUCUCCACCGCCCGGACCCGGGGGUUGGCCCAGGGCCCUGCAGGCUCUGGCGUCCUGAUGCCCCCAAGCUCCCUCUCCUGA